UUCUACUCUGCUGCCUUUGGGGGCUGGAAAGUCUCUUUCCUCUGGGAUCCAGAGAAAGGGACGGAAGAGGAAACAAGCUCAGUGCCUCUGACCCAGCUCAGGACCCUCUGUUUCCUCAGAGACAGCCUCCCACACCAAGAUGGGCCCCUGCAGACUCACAUUCCAGGACACACAUUCAUAAACAAGCCAGUCACCACUCAUGCCUGGCAUCUGCUCCCGAGGGUGCAGGGUCCCCCCAGCUGUCUGCUUUCCCCAGGGCACUGCCCCUAUCAUCUCCAAGAAUAAACUCUGAAGCCAGUAGCUGUGUGGACCUGAAUCAUCAGGGAGCCUGUUGGAGGAGGGGAGUGACUUCCCAGGACCAGCAAGCAGGCUAUAUAAACUCCAGAGAGCCAGGCUUCACCCAGAUCUCUUCCCUCUGCUACUGCCUUCCGGAGGUGCCCUCGGAGAGCCGGCUUGCCCAGCACCCACCAUGUCCCAGGAUGGCACUCCUGAAGCCCCCAUUAAGAAGCGGCCCGCUGUGAAGGAAGAGGACCUGAAGGGGGCCCGAGGAAACCUGACCAAGAACCAGGACAUCAAAUCUAAGACCUACCAGGUCAUGCGGGAGUGUGAACGAGCUGGCUCGGCCGCCCCCUCGGUGUUCAGCCGGAAUCGCACAGGUACUGAGACUGUCUUUGAGAAGCCCAAAGCCGGACCAGCCAAGAGCGUCUUUGGUUGAGAAGUGCUCACCACUCCUCUCUCCUCCCUGAUCCCUGGACACAGGAGCCUCUCCCACGAAUUCUUUUUUAUGCCACAGUGUGCCCCUCUCCUUGCUGUCUCCAGGACUGCCGCCCCUCCCUCACUGUCCCUUUGACACCAGUGCCUUGGAAACACCAAUAAAGAAGAU